AUAUGUUAGUGCAUAAAAUAAGUGUUAUAUGUGUUUGAAAGCGUAAUUUUAUUGAAUAAAAUGUAAUUAUUCUUUAAAUGGACGAAUUACCAUCAAUACUCAAGGGUGUGGAUGUGUUCUCACUCCUUGGAAUACAAGUGGAUGAAAACACAGAUGUAGAGGAAGCCAAAAAAAGCUUAAGGAAAUUAUUUCUACGAAAAGCUAAAAAACUACACCCGGAUAAGCAAAAGAAGGAUGGAGAACACCCUGGUGAUCAAAACGACCUGGAAUUUGUAAGAAUAAAGGCGGCUUUUGACUUUUUACAAACAAAAAAUAAUUUUUCAUUAUUGUAUAAUAAAACCUUAUCAGAAUUAAGAGCUAAAAGGAGAAGACUUGAAAGGUCGAAGGAUAUCUCAUCGAAACAGGCAACAUAUCUGGAUUCUCUUCUGAAAAGGGAAAAGGAAGCCUUUGAGAAAAGAGCUCAGGAACAGAAAAAAUCAACCAAAUCUGACCAUGAGGAGCAUGAGGAUAAAAACUUCUACGAUGAUGUGUUUGUAUCAUUUCAAAGGGAGGCUAAGGAAGCUGACCUCAGUUUAGGCCAGCUGAUUGUAGCAGCUAAGACACUGGAAAUAGCAAACGGGUCUGAAAUAAACUGUCUUUUGCUAAGUAGUCACUUCCCAACGCUGUUUGAUAACUACGGCCUCCUUAGGGUUGAGCCUUUGGAAGUCAUUGACACUCGGGUGGAUAAGAACAUCAAGGUUGGUAAAAUAAUUUUUAAAACAAAAGAACAUGCUCUAAGGGCACUUUUACACUAUCGGAAUAACAGAAUUCGAUUUCGGUGUGAUUUGUAUGCUCUGGCUCUUGGCAAGGAUGAGCCUCUAGAACCAAAACUUGACGAUGAGAAUUUUGAAGCAUACGAGGCCUCUGUUUUAAAGCGGUUUCGAGCUCUGGCUAAGUGUAAUGUAACCUGAUUAACUUAACUGUAACAUAGCAAAUUAAUGUAUUAAACUUAUUUCCAUUUAUACUUGGCGUAAGGGUCAGGAUACCACCUGUACGAUUCAGUUAAUCCAAGCUUGUUAUAGUAACCAGUUUCAUGCUCAAGACCGUCAUAAAUUUCUACAAAUAAC